CAGCAUCGCAAGAUUUUAUUUAAACCUUCAUUUUUCACUCGAGGUAGGUAUCUCAGCAAAUACUCUUUAAGCAUCUUCUUCCACGUUCCACUCAACCUAUCACCUUCGCCGCUUCUUCGCCACUCCAAACAAUCAACAUGACAGCCACAACUCAAUUCUUCACUGCCCUUGCUGGCAUUUUCUUUGUUGCUGGCCUUGCUGUUUAUCUCUUCGGUAUUCCUCCUGAGCUGAAGCGCAAGCUCGAGCGCAGUGCACUGAAGGCCAUGGGCGAGAACAAGAUGUCCUACAUCGCCAAAGACCAAAUUUCCAAGAUCCCCGCCUCCGACCAGGAAGACGUCAAGCAGUUGAAGACUGGUCUGGGCAACGCUGUUGGUGGAGGAAUGAAGAACCCACUAGGCGAGGCCGCCGGUGAAACUGCUGAUACUUUGACCAGCCCUUUCACUGGCCGAUAAGCAUCUGCUUAUGGUUGGAAUCCCGAUAGAGUUGGGGUUCCUCUCAACAUAUCAAAUCAAAUCAUGAUAUAGGCUGUUUCAGCCGGACUUCUGGUAGAGCAGGGAAGAAGGGACGGCCGUAAUGAAGUAAUGAAGGAUUCGGGUGAUCAUUUUCUUGGGUGGCAUACUUGCCAGCAUGGUGUUGGGGUGUUUUAUUUCCUGUCUUAUGAUGCGUCUUUUACCAAGUAACACAUCCUGAAAAUGCAUCCUUAUACCUCAUACGGAGG